CCCGGCUCCUCCACAGACUUGACGAACGAAUAAUCGCCCGGCUCCUCGAGGGAUCCGUGUGGGAGAUCAGGAGCCCUAUAUCAUUCCGUGCCGGAGGUCGACUCGACGGGGAAGUCCGGGCUGGAGACGAGUAGAUGAUGGAGUGCGCGGAUGUCGGGGGUCAAUCGACAGUUUCAUUCCCGGAGUUCAAGCGAGGUUCUCACUGGGACGCGAUGGUGGUGAGAGUCGGAGGGUUCUCAAAUAUAUCAGUCAUUCCGGAACCUUUGUGGUCGAAGCUGGACGCCAUGGAGAGAGCCUUGAGUGAAAGAAAAUUGAGAAAAGUCUGUGAGCCUGUCUGUAAUCUGAGCUACGUGUCGGUAAUAGGAGGUCGGCCGAUGAGAGUUACGUACUUCGCCAAAAAGGGAACACGAUUCGACGUCUUCCUGAUAGACACUACGGAGAUCCAUACCGUGCAAGAACUCUUCGAAUUACCGGAUGACUUCGAUUUGGAUAUUAUCCCAUCAUUCGCUCGGAGGGUAUCGCUGUGUUCGGAGCACAUAUUCUCGAAAAUGGAAUUCCCCCAUUUCAAAACACUCCUAGAGACCAAGCACGCUCUCGUUCAUAUCUUCGUCACCAAGUGUGGGGAUAGUGAGCCGAGUCAGAACACGCCCGAAGUCCUCUUCGUUAAUGAACUUUGUGAGGAUCUCAUGGACAAGUAUGGCCUCAGCGGCGCACCGCGUCCCGGGCAUUUGUUCGGGACCCCAUAGCCAACUGUCAGGGCAGACAGAGACAGCACCGCUCCGCCGGGUUCUGCCCGACUAGUUUCAGCGGGAAGUUCUCUUCACGCACAUCGACGCUAUUACGUUCUGAACGGUUUCACUACGAAUCCUACGCCUCGCCUAUAUAUUGUGCUAUAGUGCUCGUAGCGGGGGAAUAAACCCUUUGAUAGA